GAAAUGGCCGAAAUCAGCCACCAUAUCUUCGUUUACCUGACAUUUGUUUAUCUUCCGAAUGAGAGGUUAGUUAUUCUCAAAGGAAAAGAUGGAGAAGGGAAUUUAUGUCUUGUGUUUUCUUUGUGUAUUUUUUACUUCACUACAGGUGGUUAUUUCAGACACAGGUUAUUUCUGGCAUAUAACCGACUUUCAUUAUGACUUUACUUAUCACGGUCGACAACUAUCCUGCAAUAAGACGAAUGUACCUGACAACGUGGGUCAGUUUGGCGAUUUCUGGUGUGACUCACCAUGGUUACUUGUAAACAGCAGCGUUCGAGCAAUGGCUGACAUCAAAUCUGAUGUGGAUUUUGUCCUUUGGACGGGAGAUACAGUUUUACAUGGAAAGAAUGAAGAUCUUAGUUAUGACAUUAACGCCGGUAUUCUUGAAAACGUUACUGAAGUCAUCAAAACAACGUUACCAGGUGUGCCCGUGUAUGCUACGUUUGGUAACCACGAUUACUUUCCAAAUAACCAAUUUCCACCUAACAACAAUCUGCUCUACAACGACACCCUUAAUAGAUGGAAGUCAUGGCUUGAUGACCCUUCUCAGCAUGACAAUUUCAGAAAAGGGGCGUACUAUACUAAAAAGACACGUUAUGGACUCAGGAUAGUUGCUUUGAACACUAACUUGUACUACACAUCCAACAAGGCUAUACUCAAUUAUACAGACCCCGCCGACCAGAUAGCCUGGCUAAAUUCUACUCUUACACAAGCUAAAACAAACAAGGAAAAGGUGUUGGUAACAGCUCAUAUUCCCCCCAGGGGUACACACACCCCAAACUCACUCCCUGGAGGUAUGUUUUCCGUCACAUAUAGUCCCGCACAUAAUCCGGGCAUCCGGCUAGUAAAGUACGACAGAUCAACAGGCAUCCAUCUUGAAAUUGAACAACAUUACCUAGACCUUUUAAAGGCAAACAAAAAUGGCGCCGCAAAUUGGGAGUUAGAAUACAAGACCAGUUCACACUACGGCCUUAACAAGCUCACUGCAGCUGAUUUAUCUAGUCUUGCAGAGAGAAUGAAGAAAGCAUCGAGUAAGGAGUUUAAGAAUUAUUGGAACUUUUAUACAGUUACUCCCCCUGAUAAUCUUGCCGAGGCUUGUAAUGAGGAUUGUCAUUCAUCUGUUAUUUGUGGCUUCACGGAAUUUGAUAUGGAUAAUUUCAAAUCAUGCAAAGCCAGUAUGGUUUCAACUGCAUCUAGACUUUCAAUUGCCGUUGUUUAUUUCUUAAUCAAACUGGUUUUUCUCUGGGUAUUGUUGAAUUAGUGCUCAAUUCUAAAUCAAAUUUGGAAGACAACCUUUUGAAACCGGGAACCUUGCUUCACACAUAGAUUAUACAAUUUGCAUACUUGGCAUCCCUAUAUACAUUGAAAACUGAGAAAGCUGUAUAUUUGCUUGAAUAAUAUCUAAAUAAAGUAAGGACACAAUACAACUUCUUAUUGCAUGGUUUUUGGAUGUUUUCUAACCUAAUGUAUUCAGUAAACUUUCAAUGAGGAUUUGAAAAUUGUAUUGAUAACAAUGCUCUUCCUUGAUUCAUAAGAAGAGCUAUAUUACAGUUGACUUUGUUUA